AUCGCCUGUAAUAAAUAUCGAUACAUUGUUUGUAUCUCAAAACUGGAAAAUGUUAUAAACAAUUGUAACAAAUUUUCGAGGCGCAGGAGCAUUUCAUUGUGUAUACAUAGUAAAAAUUUGGGAUUGUUACCUUGCCUUUUAUGCUAUUAUGUCGCAUAUAGAAUCGAGCGAAACGGACUAUUGGAGAAAUGACGGAAAAACCUCUUUUGUCAAAGAAUGGAAAAGCUGGUGCCGCCUCUGCGCGAAAGCUGACGCUCAGUACAUUAAUGUCCUAUCGCGACAAUAUCCAGAGUUUUUACAUGAAAGCACAAAUUACAACCCAUUUGACAUGGUUUCCGUUAUAGGGGAUUUCUUUCGUGUUCAUAUCAAAGAAGAUGAAAAGCUUUCGCCUAUGGUUUGUACGGAUUGUUGCCAUGUAAUUGCAUCAUUCGUCAAAUUCAGUGAGAAUGUGGGAAAAGUUCAACAAUUGUAUGAUGAUCUUCUCCAUAGUGACGACAAAACGAAAGUAGAUAUACUGGCUGUAUAUGAAAAGUAUGGUUUAACUAAAGAACUUUCGGCGGUACAACAGGCCACCACGCCCACCGUAGAAGAAGUUUUCAUUGCUGACUCGCCUAACACGAGCAAUACACAUGCCUCAAAGUAUAAAGUAAAAAAGGAAAAAGCGUCUGAUGAACUAUCAACUGAGGUAUUUAUUAAAGAGUUUGAAAAGAAAGACGAAUUAGAUCCUUUUGGGGAAGACAGUGCGCCUACCGGACUAAAGGACUGCCCUUCCACACCGGACGAUGAGAGUAGUAGUGGAAGUGAAGAUUAUAAUAUGCCAAUGGAUACCUCAGAAGAUGAAGAGGACUCAAAAAAUAAUGCAGUUAAUAAUGAAAUCUUGCAAUCAGAUAACCCUUCAGAAAUCUCGAAAAAGCGUAAAUACAUUUGCAAAUUUUGCUCCCAACGUUUUCAACGUAGUGGCAACUACUCUGUUCAUAUGAAGAAAAAACAUGGAAUAAUCGUUUGUCCGAAAUGCACUAAUUCAUUCGAGAAUGAAUUAAGUUUAAAGCGUCAUAUGAAAGAUCAUCAGGAAUUGUUCCCCUGCCCACACUGUGAUCGAAAAUUUCAAAUAAAAGAAUACGUAGCUCAACACAUAAAGUUUGUGCACCAGGAUGAACGUCCAUUUAUUUGCGAAACUUGCGGUGAUGGUUUGCGCACUAAAGGACAACUCAAAGAGCAUAUGUUGACACACACAGAUUAUUCGCCCUUCGAAUGUAAGGAAUGUGGAAAAUGCUUCAAGCAAAAGCAACGUUUGAAGCGCUAUUUCCAGAGACACAUGCAAAUACAUGGAGACAAGCAUAUAUGCACAGAAUGUGGCAAGCAAUUAAGUACGCGUGCUACUCUUAAUAGUCAUUUGCUGGUGCAUUCCGAUAAGAUGCCACAUAAAUGUGAUUAUUGUGGUCGGCUCUUUAAGCGUGCCAAAACUCUUAAAAAUCAUUUAAUUGCACAUACCGGCCUUAGACCUUAUUCAUGCGACUUUUGUGAAAAAACUUUCUCGACUGGCCCUAGUUGUCGUUUUCAUAAAAAGACUAUGCAUCCAGUGGAACUAGCUGCGCUAGAAGCGUCAGGUGUUAAAGCGUAUACAAGAAAUAUACCCAAUUUGGAUGUUUUAAAGGCAGUAUCCCGGACGGCAGAUAACCUCACGCCGCUGGCGUCGAAACAAAAUGGUUAUGCAGUAUUCGAUAAGAAAAGAGAUAUUCCAGAUCAAGAUUUGAAUUCAAAACCGGUCGAAGAUGCCAAUAAAUAAAUAAAUAUAAUGUGCUUAAUAUCAAUCGCAUACAUCAACAUUUUUUAUCAAAUGCCACCGUAUUUUAUGAGAGCAACUAAAAGAAGGAUGACUCUAGAUUACAUGAUUUCGAGGUUAAAACAACAGCAACAGUAGAAAACUUAGGCGAAAACAAUGGUGAAAAACUAGAGUACAUACAUAUGUAUGUGCUAAGUAAUUUUAUUUAUUUGUUUUGGUGAUUUUCACAUUUUGCAUUACGUUGUGUGGAAUUUUCUUCACAAUAAUCGGCCUUAUCGCGAAUUCCAUAUUCCCAAAAAUUAUAAUGCUAAACAAAAAGAUUUUUCCCAAUAUGUUUACCAGUACGAAUAUGUUUAAUGUUGUAUACCUGUUAAAUUAAAGGGGCGAUUUAAUCAAACCAUAAUUGGCGAUAAGGCUGAAUAAUAAAAAAUUAAUCCAAAAAUAA